UGAACAUUACAUAUACACACACAACGAAAGAAAGAAUUACAAAGGUACUCUUCACUGUAUUAAUUGUUGACUUAAUUUAUAUAAUCAUUUUGUAAAGUAAAGACAUGGGAAACUGUAUCGUGCCAGCAUCAUCCAUGGAGUGGGAUGGCGAGGACUGGGGUAAUUCUUUGAAGUCAUCAUCAAGCAAGGUGUUUGAUGAAGCUCAUGUAUUGAGCUUAGCAAAGAACGUGAAGAAGGAGAAGCUUCUGCGAACGCUGAAAAAUUCUGGUGAUGCAAAUGGGAUGGUGAAGAUAAAGAUUUCAAAGAAAGAGGUAGCAGAAUUGUUCGGACUCAUAGAGAAACAACAACUGAAUAACAAGAAGAAGCAAGUAGCUGGUGGAGCUUCUUCUGCAGAACAAGUUCUGCUUCGCUUAAUAAACGCCAGAAACAAAGAUCAUGAAAACUACCAUCACAGACCCUGGAGGCCCGUGCUUGAGACUGUACCUGAGCUUGAUUGAUUGGGAUGGAGCCUUGUCCAUAGAUAUUGAGCAUGCAUAUAAAAAUGUAAAUUGAAUAUUAAUUUUGUGAAGAAGGGUUAAUUGUAUAUUUUGUAAUCUUACCAAUUCAUUGAUUUUAUUCUUUUUCUGUACAAAAUUCUAUUGUGCUUGAUUCGUACGUCCUGAACCAGAGGAUCCACUUUUCCCACUUUUUCAUGUAAAGUAGAGGUUGGAGGAUUUGCAAUACAAUAAAAGUUCAUUCACACC